AUGGCAACAAAUAAACCAUCAGUAUUUAAUUUUCUUAAUGUCACCGAAUCGAUGAAUACAAUCAAUCGUGAACGUCUUGAAGAAAUUCGGUCUGCUUAUGCUAACAUGAAUGACACUGAACCGAUAGAAAACACGACUAACAAUGAAGACGCUAAAAUAAAAUUACUUGCUGAUAAGUUUUCUCUGAUGAACGAUGCAGAAAAUCUGGUUCAUUUGAACAAAUGCAUUAGUGAACAGUUCUUAGACGUUGCAUGCCACGCCAUCCUUGGUGAAUAUCUUCGAAUACGUACUAUUGAACAGCGAAAAGCUAGGAGAAAUCAAUCAUCGCCGGCUUCUUCAACAAUACCGAAAAUAACAACAGAACCAAUUGCACAAGCUUCUGAAGCAUCGAUGGUUACUAAAGUUUUACCACAAGUAUUUUGUCAAAUUUUGCUGAAAAAAAAUCGAGCAUCUAUGCUCGAAUUCUGUCAAGAUUUUCUAUUAUGUCCACUUGCAAAGGCAGCAUCAACACGGCGGUAA